AUGGAGGAGGAGAGCGAGGAUACACAGUACGCUACCGACAACAGGCAGCUCCGGAGCCAAACGUCGAACCUCAAAAUUGAAGCCUGGUUAUCACCGCUCAGCGACCACUUUCCCACACCAAGAGGCUUCCACUUCCUCUCUGCCCCGAUCUUGCCGUCCUCACCAUCGACCAUCUCGGCCGACGAGAGUAGCUCACCUUCUACCUCCUCAAACCCAUGGAAUAACAACAGGUCAAGCGUAAUGACCGACGUCACCGAGUUCGAUGACCUAUACGAUGUCACGGAUGAGGAUGAGCCCCCCGAGUUGCGUCGAGUACCGUCGCGCAAAGACUCAGUGAGGAGACGCAAAUCUGGUCGUAACGCGGUGUCGAAGAAGACUGCGGCUGGUGUUCGAAGAGCUUUACCCCCUCUAGUCAUACCCGGCGGUCGGAACACAUCAACAGAAGACUGGUCUGCUGCCAGCCUCAAAAAGACCCUCGCAUCGCCAGUGCCUCCUACACCACCAACCCGUGUCGAGAUGUCUCCUCAAGUCUUCUCCUUCAUGCAGGCGAAGCAGGCUCAGGAGGUGCCCACAAUUUCGGCCCCGCCGUCUCUCGAUGGGAGCUUGAGUUCAGAGCAGUUGGCUCAAAUGUCAGCGCCACCUACCCCUAUCAUCGGUAGCGACGACGGCAAGGAGGCAGACUGGUCCGGCGUGCGACUUCAACCAGGCGCUUUGGCGACUCUGCAUGCUCUAUCUGGUGAUAACGAUAGCCUACACGAACAUGAUCAUGAACACUCCGAUCAGGUUCUUGAGAUUCCUCAAGAACCUGUGCCCGAAAUGCGUCAACAACCUCUGCGUCUCUUCACAAAUCUCUUUGCCCAGCCGGCUCGUGUUGCCGAGCUCACCCCCAGCUCUCACCGUCGGUCUCUUGCUGAUCUCACCAAGCUUGACAUCCCUUCACCUGGCGGCUUCUUUUCUGGCCUCUCGCCCAGGACAAGGACAACAUGGCACAUGCCGACGAGAUCCCCCGAGGACAUGGUGCCCCCAACGUCAACCACCGCAGAACAGUUCUACCGCUGCCCCUGGAACGUGGACGCCUCGGUACCUCCAGUCCCGGCUGCACCCGCUAAGCUCAUUCUCAACGAUGCUGCCGAGCAAUACUACCGCAGCUCAGUAACGUCUACUUCUGCAAUCGUAGAGCAGGUUGUUGAGGUCAAUGACAAGGAGAUGGACGAGGAUGACAUGCCAACUGCCAGGCCGAUUGUUCCAGCAAAUGGCUCAAGCUCUUCCGUGACGCUAGCUGAGCCAACCUCCCCCGAGGUUGAGGAUGCUCCAACUGAGAUCGUCACGGUUUACGACCCCGAGUAUGCGCGCAAGCAACAGGAGGUCGCCCUCUCCAAUCUCGACCGCACAGAGAUAUGGCUCAUGGCCCAGCGCGCCUACUUAAAACCCCUCGAGGCCAGCCAAACAGAGGAGCAUGACCGCAACCUUGGCACAAUCCUGGAAGCCGCUGACGAGGAAGUCGAGAGCUUCCUGGAGCAGGAGAUUCCGUCAGCACCGAGGAAAAAGACUGUCCGCUUUUCCGAAAUCAUCACCAAGACCGACAUCCCCCGUCGUCUGCCUUCCAAGCUUUCUAGACAGGAGUCCGCCUACUACCGCGCCUUCCAAGACUACGUCAUUCGCUCCAGUAAGCAGGACGUCUUCGUACACCAGCUCCCCCGAUUUGAGGCCCUCCAGGCCCAACGUGUCUGCCUGCGUGAGUUCCACCGCAACCAGCUUCUCGGCAAGUACCAGCUCAGCGUCGUGCCGCAAUCCGCCAAGAAGCGCCUCAGCGCCAACGUCGCUCGCGGUGACGACAUCCUUGUCGACGACCCGGAGAAGCUACGCCGCGAGAAGGAGUGCGAGGCCAUGUCCCAGAUGGCCAUGCCGGCCUGGCAUGUCGCCGCUAUCAAGAUGCUCAACGGCGGCAAGCUCAUCUCGGCGCCCGUCGCCAAACGCCUUGGUCGCCUGUCCCGCAUGGCCCCUGGCCGCGACGGCGUCGCCCGUGACAGGGCGCGCAUCCUCGAUCUUGGCGGCCAGUCGGCGUGCGACUGGGCUUGGCACUGCGCUUUGCAGUAUCCCAACACCAAGAUCUACACCGUCACCACAAAGGCUAUCCGCCAACUGUCCAACUCCAAUGUCCGUGGCCCGCCCAACCACCGCCAGGUCGCCGUUGAGCGCCUUACUCGCCUGCCCUUCAAGGACAACCAGUUCGACCUCAUCUCGGCGCGCGAGCUGCACAGUAUCCUCAAGUUUAUCGGUGAGAACGGCGAAGACGAGUGGGAAACGUGCCUGAGGGAGUGCCUGCGCGUACUCAAGCCGGGCGGCUACCUCGAGUUCUCCCUCCUUGACUCGGACAUCAUGAACGCGGGCCCUCUCGGCCUUGCAAAGAGUGUCGAGUUCGGUUUCGAUCUCAAGACCCUGGGUUAUGAUCCGAACCCAACAAAGAUGUUUCUGGGCCGCCUCUCUCGCGCAGGCUUCGACGAGGUCCGGCGCGCGUGGGUGUGCCUGCCCAUGGGCGCGCGCCCGCCCUCCCAACAACAAGAGAAGCCUCUUCCCUCACUUCCCGCCGUCCGGGCUAACCCGACGGGCGAGGAAGUCAGGACGGUAACGAUGGAGGCCAUGGUAACCGGUAGCACAGACGGCGUGGCCAACGUCACGGGCAUCGUUGGUGGCUGGAGCUGGGAACGCUGGCUGCUGCGAUGCGAGAUGGAGAAGGUUAGUGGUGAGUUACGACUCGCAGACACAGUGACGGCCGGUCCCGCAAUGAGAGAGGCCGGCAAGAGCGUCGAGGGCGUCGCUGCCAUCGUGGAGGAGGGGCGAGGCUGCGGCGCCGGAUGGAGGAUGUUGAACGGGUACGCAAGAAAGCCCAAGACCGGCACAGGGCUCAUCUCUGUCGGUUUCGAGGUUUAA